AUGAAAUUGUAUGAUCGAGAUGCUGAUAAUGCUGAACUUGUACAAACUUCUAAAAUUUCAGAAGUUCAUAGAAAAGUAAAAGGACGCAUAAAUCCCGUAAUCGUUACUUUUCAAAAUGGAGAAAUAAAUUCUGAUCAAACGGAAAAUAUGAAAGUUAACCUUUUACCCAAUGAUUUUGGUAAUACACAAAUCGAAGUAGAAACGAAUUACGGUCAUAAAUUUGUACAAACUAAUACAAAAGAGGAGUCACGUGCUACACAAUUUUUAGCAAUAAGAAAUAAAAAAACAAAUAAAAUGAGAAUAGUUGAAGUUGAUUCAGCUCUCUUAAUUAAUUCUGAACUCCUUCAUGUUAAAAAUAUUGAAAAUUCAAGCUCUUCUAAAAGUAAAGAAGAUGAUUAUAAUAAAUUAAAUAAAACAUUCGGUGGUAAAAAAAUCAAUGCAAGGUUGGAGAAAAAAGAAUUAUUGAAUUUAAAUUCUGCAUUAGUUAUCGAAGAUAUGAAAGAUAUUGUUGAUGGAAUGGUAAAGACAAAUGAUAAUGAUAUUACAUUAUCUCAAACUAUUGAAACUGAAAGUAUCACAGAUUUAUUACCCCCAUGUAAUAGAUCUGCUACAAAUGUACAUGAUGUGUACAUAUUAUCGAAAAUAUUAAAUUCUGAAGAAUUGAAUGCACUUAAGGAAGAAAUAUUAAAGGAAGAUUUCGAUACAAAAUCAUAUUCGGAAUUUUUCAUUACUUGUUUAGCACAAAUUCAAAAUGAAAAAUCAAAUAAUUAUGAAACAAAUUUAGCUGGGAUUUUUUAUGCUGAAUUAUUAAUAAAAUUUUUAAAAAUACCCAGUAAACAAUUGAAAAAUAAAAAUACAAAAUUUGAUAAUUGUCCACCGAUUAUUUAUACAAAAUUAAUUAAAGAAUUUUGCAUUACAACAGGAAACACAGUGUAA